AUCAAAAGAUAAUCUUGAUACUGCUAUUAAUCCCCCUCAGACUGGUUCCCUUUUUGUGGGACACAUUGUAUAAUCUCCCAGCAGAGAAUGCAAAUUAUCAACUUGAUAUUUUUUUGUAAUUCACAGCUUCAUCUCUAUAGGACUUUCCCGCGUUUAAUUACAAUAUCACAGGAAUGGAGAUCUUCAUAGCUGACCAACGUGUCAAUUCAGCAAGGAAAGGGAAUAGUGUUAUCGCAUUUUUAAGGCGUUGUUUCUCAUUGUCGCCUAUUCAUUGACGCUAUGACAUAACUGCAAUCUGAAUAAAACAAAUUGAUCGACAGAAUAUUGAAUAUUUAUCUUUGAAAAAGUAAGUCUUUAGACUACAGCCCUAUUAGCAUUGAGAGGGACAUCUUUAGGCAGUGAUUUGUGAUAUGUUAUCAUCAUCAUGGCUGAGAAUUUCCUAUGUCUAUUCAGGUUCUUUGCGUUCUGCAGAGUUCUGUCUCUGAUACUUCCUUCCAUUUAUGGAUAUCCCUUAUGCACACAGGCGAUAUUAGAAGAUUUCUCCGCUGAUGAAUGUCCACAAAUAUUUCCCGAGUGUACAUCGGGUUCUCUGGGCUCCAUCGAGAUAAACUCGGCUUCGGUGACAGUCACAUCAGAUGACGGAUAUGGAGGGAAAGACAUAUCGACCGUGGACGCCACCGAAGCAACGAACAGUAUCGUUAAUUGCGGUGACGUUCCCACCUGUGAGGGUGUAGGCUAUUUCCUCAUUGCCCACUUCUCUACUCUACAUUGCUUAGGAAUUCAACCAGGUAUGGAUUCCUUCGUGCCAGCCGGACUUCGCUAUAUUCUCGCGGUCGUAACCGUACGAUACACGGGAAUGCAAGGAGUCAGUACGUUCCAAGAGCGAUACGACGGUCAUUUUUAUCACUCAGUGUACCGCUUUGGUUCGGGGAAUAACGAAUGCAGUUCUUUCCGAGUUAUGUCGGAGCAUCAGCUCCCGUUUGCAACUAACACAUCAAUCCUGUCCUCAAUUCCUUGCGCUUACAUUUAUACAACCACCAACGGUGUAGACACAACGGAUGAUCUCACAGAGUCGACCUCCCAUUCCCCCGUCUCCACUCUAGCUCCGUCGCAAUCUAUACAUGCUAUACCAACGUCUGAUCAAGGAGGUAUCACUGUAAGUCCUUGGUCUGAUCGCGACUUGAUCCCAUCCGUAACAAGUGAUACCACAACGGGGGAUCUUACAACCUCUCCAUCCUCCGUCUCUCCAUCUAUUCUACAGUCAUCACCUUCUGUACCAAUGUCUAAUCGCACUUCGAUCCCGAAGCGGUUCAAGGUCAGCCGUGAGAUUUCAGUAAACUCAAGUGGUCUUGAACUCCUAUUCUACCCCGAAAUCUUGGAGCAGAGAAUCUUUGGAAUUGCCACGAAUCUCAGCAACGGGCAAUCAAUCGAAAUUGAUAAUAUUUACGUAUACCGAUCCAUUCUUCAGGAUUUGUGUUCGACUGGAUGGAGGAAAACCGACGAGGACGGUAACCAAUAUUUUUGGCCUUCAAAUUAUUUCUGCGACAUUUUCGAAGGCCAAAAUGAAACUGCGGAGAGGCCUGUUCCUGUCAUAUUAGGCAUUGCUUCAUCCUCGCAUCUUGCUGAACUCUACAACAAUAUCAUCUCAAAGGAUGCCACCAUCAAUGCCAGUACUGAUACUAUUCUACGAGUUGCGAGUAAUAUCAUAACGGCAGCUGUAUUCAUUGGUAAUGUGUCGGUCUCGCUUCCCUUUAGUUUCAACCUUACACAAUCUAUAAUGCUAACUCAUGAGUUCUCUUCCCCAUCCUGUCGCUUCUUUCAUGAACAGACCAGAAGCUGGAAUACCACCGGCUGCACAAGAGAAAUUGGAAACGACGGUACAAUGACGUCAUGUUAUUGUGAUCACAUGACCAGCUUUGCCAUUCUCGUGAGAUUGUUACCUAAUGAUCCGGAAGUAGAUAUGAUCAGUAAUAUUAUCACCUGGAGUGGUCUUGGACUCUCUGUGACGUCACUCAGUAUCAGUCUCAUUACACUCUUCGUUCUCAGACGAUCGUUGACUGCUGACCGUGUGAUAAUCCAUGUCAACCUGAUGAUUGCCAUUCUAUUCUUUGACAUCGCCUUCUUUUCAGUCACAUACAAACCAAUUGAAAUUAAGUCCAUGUGCAAGGCGUUCGCCUUCGUCCUGCACUACUUUUCCCUCGCGGUUAUGUUUUGGAUGCUCGUUGAGGGCGUGCAUCUCUACCGUCAGAUCAUCAAAGUAUUUGACUCUGGGAAUCCUCGAACUUGGCUUUAUGGAAUCUUAGGAUGGGGAUGCCCGGCAAUAAUUAUCAGUAUUACUGGAGGUCUGAAACAUGAAAGUUAUGGAUAUGGGCGUAGUUGCUGGCUGAAUCCAUCAGAUGGAACAAUGUGGGCAUUUGGCGGACCGGCUUUUGCAAUCGUAUUGGUCAACGUCGUUAUUCUCGCAAUGGUUGUUAAGACCGUAGUCUCUGCAUCUCGAGGACAACUUGACAACGAUAAUGUCAAGCAAAUCAGAAAUGGACUUCGAAGUACCUUGUUGCUCUGCCCGUUGCUUGGAAUGGCUUGGCUGCUGUCACCUGCAUUGGUGUUUUUCCCUCGUAUAAAGGCAUUGGAAUACACAUUUAAUGUGCUUAACUCUCUUCAGGGAUUCUUUAUCUCUCUGUUCUACUGUUUUCUCAAUGCUGAGGUAAGAAACGCCAUCAGAGAACAUGUUCGUAAAUCACAAGACAGCCGGAAUUUCGACAGUGAAUCUGCCACAGUUUCAGCAUCCGAGCAAAACCCCGCAAAGACUGGUAGGAGACGUAUUCGAGUUCGUCCAGCUCCCGUAAGCCAAACUCAAGCCCUUCCUGCAGUUUCUACUAAUUGACAUGAGAACGACUACUUCUGACGAGUUCUAAUAAAUGGACAAACGUAGGAAGGAUUUGAAACAAAAACCACCUAUAGAUUUACCCCUCCCCAUGUUUGGUUGUACAGUGAAUUCAUUUCUUUAAUAACAAAAAUAGGGUCGGUCUGGAUUUGGGAUUUUUUGUAUGCACACGCCACGCACAAAAAGUCAUUCAUGUUGGAAACUAGCUAUUUCCAAAGUUUCAGCAGCUGUGUAUUUUGAAGGCUUUAGCUUUUCUUAGUGCAACCUUCUAAAAGUUGUGGAUUUAAAAAAAAAUUGAAAGGAAAGGUGGGAAGCGAUUACGAAGCGUCUUUCGGUUGGAUGACAAGAUCUUCGAUCCAUGAUCAUGUCAUCUAAUCAUCUCUUCU